AUGUAUUCACAUACACACAGCAAUAAUAUGUUAUAUCCAAAAGCAGAUAAAGCCAAUAAAACAUUACUUUUAGCAUGUAGAAUUUGUGAUCAUAAAGAAGAAGCAACAAAUAAUUGUGUAUAUAGAAAUGAAAUUAGACAUUCUGUGAUGGAAAAAACACAAAUUUCACAAGAUAUUGCAUCAGAUCCAACAUUACCACGUACAAAAGCAGCAAAAUGCCCAAGUUGUGGUGGUAGAGAAGCAGCAUUCUUUCAAUCUAUGACUGCUGCUAAUGGUAUGACUUUAUUUUAUGUUUGUGCAUCUUGUGGUGAACGUUGGACUCAUCAUGGUGGUAAAUAA